UCUACACCAUUCAACGUGCCUCGUUUUCUGUUUCAUUUUUUUCAUACACUUUUUAUUCUUCUCUUUUUCCCCCUUAUCUCCGCGUGCGUGUAACCUCAAGCUACCACACCACAUUCAUCGAUCAUGUACCAAACGCACCACUCUUGUUCACUUCUCUUGUUCCGUUACUCCUUUUCCUCUUCUUAAAUUAACCCCUCAUGGCUUGCAUAACUCGCCACAGUUAUCAUUCUCGACUCCCCAAAAUGGUGUCUGAGAAACCCUUCCCUCUCUCUCCCUCUCCCCGUCUCGACAAAGUUUUUCCUGUUUACGCUAUGGGUUUACCCGACCCGCUUCCUCAUUCCAUCCUUGACGGGUCGGACCCCAUUUGGGAAGCUGUCAAACUAGAAGCCAAGCUCGAGGCUGAAAAGGAACCGGUGUUGAGUAGCUUUUUGUAUGCCAGUGUUCUAUCACAUGAAUGUUUGGAGCAAGUACUGGCUUUUGUGGUUGCCAAUCGUCUUCAAAGUCCUACUCUUUUGGCUACACAGCUCAUGGACAUAAUGUCCAAUGUCAUCAUGCAUGACAAAGGGAUUCAGCGAGCCAUUCGCCUUGAUGCGCAGGCAUUCAAAGAAAGGGACCCUGCAUGUUUGUCAUAUUGCACUGUAAUUUUGUAUAUGAAGGGUUUCCAUGCGCUGCAAGUCCAUCGAGUAGCACAUGUAUUAUGGCACCAGGGACGCACAAUCUUGGCCCAGGCUUUGCAAAGCCGUGUUAGCGAGGUUUUUGCAAUCGACAUUCAUCCUGCUGCGAAAAUCGGGGAGGGAAUUUUAUUAGAUCAUGGGACAGGCGUGGUUAUUGGUGAAACUGCUGUUAUUGGAAACAGAGUUUCAUUAAUGCAAGGUGUAACAUUGGGAGGCACGGGGAAGGAUACAAGUGAUCGUCAUCCCAAAAUAGGCGAAGGGGCACUGAUUGGAGCUGGUUCAACUAUACUCGGAAAUAUAAAAGUUGGAGAAGGUGUGAUGAUCGCUGCGGGCUCCCUCGUAUUAAAAGAUGCCCCUCCCCGCAGCAUUGUGGCAGGAAUACCGGCAAAAGUUAUUGGUGGUCUAAGGGAGCAUGACCCGGCUUUAACCAUGAAACAUGAUGCUACAAGACCAUUUUUCACUGAUGUAGCUGUUAACAUUAUAGAUGAAAAAUUCAGUGGAGGAAAGAAUCAAGACAAAAAGGAAGCAAACACUUGAGCGUUUGACGGUUGCGUAGAUCUCAUUUUGGAUUGAUCGUCUUCAAAGAAAAGAUGGUGUUGUAGUACUUGAUGUUAGAAUCACGAUUAGUUCAAAAUGGUGUAGUGGAUCUCAAAUUUCAAUAAUACAUUUUGCUUGUAAUUUUUGCUGCUGAAUGCGGAGGUUCUUGCACCAGUAGCUAAUAACUUAAAAGCAGAUGCUAAUUGUCUCUGGCUUCUAUUUAUUUUUUAUAAAAGGUAAACGAAGACGGGUCACUAAACUUUCGGGAAUGCAUAACUGAAAUUCCUUCCGAA